ACAGAGAGAGAGAGAGAGAGAGAGAGAGAGAGAGAGAGAUGGACUUCUGGGCGUUGAUUCUGUGUGCUUCCCUCGUUUGGGUUGUAGUCCAAGCUCUUCGUUUCCUCGAGAAAAAGGCCAGCACGAGUCCCUCCAAUCUCCCACCGGGUCCACCACCUCUUCCGGUGAUCGGUAACCUCCUCGAGCUCGGCGAUCUUCCGCACAAGUCCCUCGCCAAGCUCGCUCUCGCCUACGGCCCCAUCAUUAAGCUCGACCUCGGGUUCAUAAUCACUAUAGUCAUCUCGUCACCUAGCGUUGCCAGAGAAAUCCUCCAAGCCCACGACCUGUCUUUUUCGAACCGCAUGGUCCCCGAUACGAUAACUGCAUUCAAGCAAGACGCGCUUGGUUUGCCCUGGGCGCCCAUCUCGCCUCUAUGGAGAAACCUAAGGAGAGUAUGCAACCUACACAUAUUCACCAACAAGAAGCUCGACGCGACUCAACAAUUGCGUCUCAAGAAAGUAGAAGAGCUUCUUGCCCACGUUAAGAUAAGCGCUCAAGUCGGCGAUGCAGUGGACAUCGGUGAAGCGGCUUUCAGGACGACCCUUAACUUCUUGUCCAACACCAUUUUCUCCUUGGAUUUAGCAGACCCUUCUUCUGUUUCUGCUACCGAGUUCAAGAAGAUCGUUUCCCGUAUCACGGUCGAGGCCGGAAAACCUAACAUUGCAGAUUAUUUUCCAGUGCUCAAGAAGAUUGACCCGCAAGGUUCGAGGCGUCGAAUGAAGAUGUAUUUCGGGCAAUUGUUGGAUAUGUUCGAGGGAUUGAUACGGAAAAGGUUGCAGAUGAGGGCAGCAUCGGAUUAUGCUAGGAAGGACGAUGUACUGGAUACACUAAUUGAUAUAUGUGAAGAUAAGAAUGAGGACAUGGAGAUCUUUCAAAUCAAGCACUUAAUGUUGUUAUGUUUGGCAAUUUCUGAAUUGUUUGUCGCGGGCACCGAUACAACUUCUAACACAUUAGAAUGGGCAAUGGCCGAGCUACUCCACAAUCCGGAUAAACUAUCAAGAGCCCAAACGGAGCUCGAUCAAGUCAUCGGAAAAGGCAAUCUCGUCGAUGAAUCAAACAUCGCUCGCUUACCCUAUUUACAGGCCAUCGUCAAGGAAACUUUCCGCUUGCACCCAACAGUUCCAUUACUCCUCCCUCGGAAAUCAGGGGCGGAAUUAGAAAUCAGCGGCGUCACCGUGCCGGAAGGCGCACAAGUCUUCGUCAACGUAUGGGCCAUAGGGAGAGAUGGUACGUUGUGGGAGGACCCGAAUGCAUUUAUGCCCAAGAGGUUUUUAGGGUCGGAAAUGGACGUGAAGGGACAAAGUUUCGAGCUGAUUCCAUUUGGCGGAGGUCGGCGUGUAUGUCCAGGCUUGCCAUUGGCCUUGAGGAUGUUGCAUAUGAUGUUGGGUUCGCUCCUCAAUUGCUUCAAUUGGAAGCAUGAAGGUGGGAUUGAACCUGAAGACAUGAACAUGGACGACAAAUUUGGCCUCACCUUACAAAAGGAUCAACCACUGAGAGCUGUGCCAACGUUGGUGUAGGCAGUGAGCAAUGAGUGUUCUCCAACUUUGCCAAUUUGGAAUCUCUGGAUGCAAACUUUGAUGUAUGGUUUGACUUGAUAACGAAUGUGGUAACGUUAGAGAUGGUCAUCUUCUUAGGGAAAAGGGAAAGUCUCCUAAAAAUAUCAAAUGAAGAGGCGGAAAAUUUUUAGGUCUUUAAGCAAGUGAAACUGAUUUUCUACGAGCUCUUUCAUUGAAGACAUCCAAUGAUAUGAAGUUUGUCCCACUAA